ACGCUGCUCGCCUCUCGCUCUCGCCUCUCUGUUGUUGCACGUUCUCAUUCUAAGUCUCAGUGUCUGGUGUUUUGUGAGCUUGCGACUCACGCGACUCGCGUGCAACGCGUCUCAACGUCUCGCGUCGCGUCAGUUUUUGUGACAGAACAAGAACAACAACAAAAGCAACCACUAAGAGUUGCAAUCAUUACCAUAAUAAUAACAAUAACAAGAGAACGACGACGGUAACAAAACGUGAAAUACAACACAACGUGAAUUAUUAUUGCCAAAUCAAACCACAGCAACUGUGACUGCAACAUCAACAACAACAAAAGCAACCACAAACAAAUACAAUAACCGCAACAACAAGAGUAACGUCCGUAGGAAUAAAAUAUACUAACAAAAAAAGAGAGUGAAACUCGAAAUUCAACAUGCGUCGCAACAUCAAAUUAAUCGUCUUCGUCAGCAUCAUAUGGAUGUUCGUAAUGGUCUAUUACUUUCAGUCCAGCACCGAAAAGGUGGAAAAUCGAGCGUUGAGGCUACGUGAGGUGGCAACGGCCAUGCAGCAAUACCAGGACGAUGUAUCGUCUGGCGCAUCCACAGCACGCCAGCAAUGGGCGCCAGCUGCCAACUCUGGGGUUCGAGCGUCUGGCGGCGGCAGUGGAGCAGACGAUCCCGGCGGCAAUGUCAUUUUAAUCGGGUCCGUAAAGGAUUUCGAACGCAAUGCGGUCCAUGGCCUCAAGUUGAAUGGCAUCGUUGCGCUCGAGGAGACCUCACAGAGCGGCAGCAGCAGCAGUCUCCCAAUUGCCGGACGUCUGGCCAUGGCACCCAGCUCACGUGGUAAUGGCGAGGUGGAAUAUUUCGAUGAGGCCGGUUACAUUCGAGGCGGCGGUCUGCGCAGUGGCGAGGAUCCGUACAUCAGGAAUCGCUUCAAUCAGGAGGCCAGCGAUGCGUUGCCCAGUAAUCGCGAGAUACCCGACACAAGGAAUCCCAUGUGCCGCGCGAGGAAAUUCCGCGAGGAUUUGCCCGAAACAAGCGUCAUCAUCACUUUCCACAACGAGGCGCGCUCAACGCUGCUGAGAACCAUUGUCAGCGUUCUCAAUCGCAGUCCAGAGCACUUGAUACGCGAAAUUGUGCUGGUGGACGAUUACAGUGACCACCCCGAGGAUGGUCUGGAACUCGCGAAGAUCGACAAGGUGCGGAUUAUACGUAACGACAAGCGCGAAGGUUUGGUCCGAUCACGAGUACGCGGCGCGGACGCGGCUGUGAGCAGCGUUCUCACCUUCCUCGACAGUCACGUGGAGUGCAACGAACAGUGGCUGGAACCUUUGUUGGAGCGUGUGCGCGAGGAUCCCACUCGGGUGGUUUGUCCCGUCAUCGAUGUGAUCAGCAUGGACAACUUCCAGUACAUUGGCGCCUCGGCUGAUUUGCGCGGUGGUUUCGAUUGGAAUCUGAUCUUCAAGUGGGAAUAUCUCAGUCCAAGCGAGCGUGCUGCUCGCCACAAUGAUCCCACGACUGCGAUCAGGACGCCCAUGAUUGCUGGCGGUCUGUUUGUCAUCGACAAGGCGUACUUCAACAAGUUGGGUAAAUACGACAUGAAGAUGGAUGUGUGGGGCGGUGAGAACUUGGAGAUUUCGUUCCGCGUGUGGCAAUGCGGUGGCAGCUUGGAGAUUAUUCCCUGCAGUCGAGUGGGUCACGUGUUCCGCAAGCGUCAUCCUUACACUUUCCCUGGGGGCAGUGGCAAUGUCUUUGCCCGGAAUACACGACGUGCGGCUGAGGUCUGGAUGGAUGACUACAAGCAACAUUAUUACAAUGCAGUGCCGCUGGCCAAGAAUAUUCCAUUUGGCAACAUUGAUGAUCGUUUGGCUUUGAAGGAAAAACUGCAUUGCAAGCCCUUCAAGUGGUAUCUGGAGAACGUGUAUCCCGAUCUGCAGGCCCCCGAACCUCAGGAAGUGGGGCAAUUCAGACAGGAUCAGACCGAAUGCUUAGACACAAUGGGUCAUUUGAUAGACGGCACUGUGGGUCUCUUCCCCUGCCACAAUACGGGCGGCAAUCAGGAAUGGGCAUACUCGAAACGCGGCGAAAUCAAGCACGAUGAUCUCUGCCUAACCCUGGUGCAGUUCGCUCGUGGCUCUCAGGUGGUGCUGAAGUCAUGCGACGAUUCGGAGAAUCAACGCUGGAUCAUACGUGAUGGCGGUAUGGUGCGGCAUAACAAGAUCAACGUUUGCCUGGACACGCGAGAUCACAACGAGCAGGGAAUCAGUGCACAGCGUUGCAAUUCAGCGCUGUCGACACAGCGUUGGAAAUUUAGCAAAUAUGCGUGAGAGCAGCGAACCAAACAAACGACCAACUAAGUAGAUUUGUUUUCGAAAGAAAGAAAGUAUAAUGAGUAAAAAAAAAGAACCGACAAAGAGAGAAGAACGUGAAAAUGUGGCUUCCGUUGAAGCGAUCUUCAGUUCGGUUCGUGAUAUUUGUGAAUGUUUAUAAAUGCUACCUACUCGGAUAUGACGAUGAUGACGAUGAUGAGGAUGAAGAUGAUGAAGUAUGUGGUUUCUAUGUGUUUACAGACAUACACAAACACAUACACACACUCACACACAAAGAACCACACAGAAAGUAUAAGUUUCGACUAAUAUGAUAUUUAAGUUACAAGUUGAAUGUGUUGUACAAGUCAAAUUUCUUUGGAGAAUUCGAGGAGAAGUGUGUGUGAAGAAGAACAACAACAAAAACACGUACUUAGACUGAUUAAUUUUUUGUAUGUAUAUGCAUAUGUAAUAAAAUAUAUUUAAAAAAUAUAUAAACUACAUACGAGUACACACAUGCAUACAAACAUAUACUAACGUAAACCCUUUGGAAGCUGCUUAAAGAAUAAAUAUAUAAUUUGCAUUAACUCAACACAUUCCCCUUCACCGCCCCCCAGCAAAGUCAAUUAUCAUCUAGAUAGCCCAGCAGAACAACAGAAACAGCAACAACAACUAUAAAAUAACAAAAAAUUCC